AUGGAAAACUCCACUGAAUCUGAGACGUUGCUCGACCAUGCAAGUAUUGGUAUCACAGAAGCUGACAAGCGCAUGAAUUCAGCGUUGAGCCUUAAAGAAUACUAUACCGUGUAUAUCAUUGAAACAAAAAUUGACAGUGAGACAUGGGCUGAAACGAAAGGAAUGCAAAAGUUGUCAUUGGCAACCCGACGAUAUACUGACUUUGUGACACUUCACAACCACUUGGGAGAUAAAUACCCUUGGGUUGUCAUACCGCCACUGCCAGAAAAGAAACAAUCUUUCAUGUGGAACAGUGAAGCUGUGUCUGAUACUAUGGACCCAGAUUUUGUUGAUAGAAGACGUGCAGGACUAGAGAGUUUUCUAAAGAGAAUAGCUGGCCAUUCUGAAAUAGGUUAUGAUGAAUGUUUUCUUAAAUUUCUAGGCGAAUGUGAUAAUUGGAUGGAUCUAUCAAAAUCACAUAACAACAUUUUAAAAGAUACAGAGCUCACAAUUAAAACAAUGAAUGCAUCAUUGAGGGGUAGAAAUUCAGAUAAGCGGUUUGAAGCUAUUAAAACAUACAGCAAUAAAUUACAGGGUUCUAUAAAUAAGAUAUUAACAUAUCGAGCAAAACAAGCAGAGCGACUUUACAACGUAGAUAUGAUACAUUUACACUAUGGUAGAAUUUUCAGUGAACUCAGUGCUGUGGACAAUGAUAUUGGUGAUGCAGUUCAGAGAACAGGUCAUUAUAUGGACUCAAUUGCUUCAGCUAUUAGUCCAGCGUUGGAAGACGAAGAGGUUAUUAUGGACCAAUUAAAAGAGUACUUGGCUUUUACGAAUUCUCUCCACACUUUUGUCAAAAAUCAUGAUUCACUACAUUACAACUUAAAUCAGUUAAAUAAUAUGUCAAAUAGUAAAGAAACUAGUGGGAUAAUGUCCAGACUCUUUGGUUAUACUGCAGCUGCAGCUAAUCGUGAUACAGCAGCUAUAGAAGCUUUUGAAAAUAAAAAAAUAGAGGCCAAAGCAAGUUAUUCUGAGUUUGUUGAUAAAUCAUUAGAAAAUUAUAAAGAAUUUGAAAGACAAAAAGACUCAGAUCUUAUGAACAUUCUUAAAGAUUAUGUAGCAUUUCAAACUAAGUAUGCUCAAAAGGGGCUACAAACAUGGAAAAAUAUUUUACAGAGCAUACAAAGUAUUGACUAA